GUCCCUAUGGCCGUCCCGCCGCAGCUACGGGCUCUGCUCCUUGCGAUCAACGCACUGUUGCGCAAGCGCCGCUACCACGCUGCGUUGGCCAUGCUUAAGGGCUUCCGGAACGGGGCAGUCUAUGGAGUCAAAAUCCGGGCCCCUCACGCGCUGGUCAUGACCUUUCUCUUCCGGAGUGGCAGAUCAACAUGUACCUGCUGUCACGACUCCUGUUUGCCCUGUGCCGCCUGGGCGUGGAGAAGGGCUACAUUCCCGAACCCAGGUGGGACCCUUUCCCUUUGCUCACUGGGAUAGUGUGGGGGCUGGUGCUGUGGCUCUUUGAGUACCACCAGCGCACUCUACAACCCUCACUGCAGUCCUCCAUGACCUACCUGUAU